UACCCUGACCUGGGGGAAGGCCAGGGCUGCCUCUGCUAAGAAGGGGUCUCAAGCCUAACCUGGCAUUGAAGUUUUGCCCCGGUGACACGGAGGUUUUGCAUCUCCCGGCGAGGGCCAAGGCAAAGGCUUCCCAAUCCGAACUGCUUGAGUGUGGUGACUUUGAAACCCCUUUGAAACCUCAGGUUGCGAACACCUGACAUCUGGGGAAGAGUGUAACCCUGCUGAAAGCCGUGGGGAGGUGGAAACAGCAUGGAACCGGAAGAGUUUCCUCCUCGCGGCAGAGAGAUAAACUGGGAUAUCAAUGACAUGAAGCUACCUCAGGACGUGCAAGCCCCGGACUGGUUUCAGGAGUGGCCGGACUCUUCCACGAAGCGCAUCUACAGCUCGGAGGACCGGAAAGCUCAGAGGCAUCUGAGCAGCUGGGCCAUGCGCAACACCAACAACCACAACUCCCGCAUCCUGAAGAAGUCCUGCUUGGGCGUGGUGGCCUGCGCUCACGACUGCUCGCUGCCCGCGGGAGGGAAGGUCUACCUGAGGCCGGCCAUCUGCGACAAGGCCCGGCAGAAGCAGCAGCGGAAGCGCUGCCCCAACUGCGAUGGCCCUCUGAAACUCAUUCCGUGUCGGGGGCAUGGCGGCUACCCCGUCACCAACUUCUGGAGACAUGACGGACGCUUCAUAUUUUUCCAGUCCAAAGGUGCACAUGACCAUCCCAAGCCAGAAACCAAGCUAGAAGCAGAAGCUAGAAGAUCCGCGCAAAAAUGCACCCUCUCAAUUUCCUUCAGGCAGACCAACCUCCAGAGGAACUCGGCUUCCAAGCCCAGGCCCUGGGACACCUGGAAUCCAGAAAGUUGGGCCUUAUUCAGGCCUCCCCUAGAAGGUCCCCUGCUGCCGGACAGUUCCAGUGGAUGUUGGACAGAGAACACUGCCCAGAAUCAGGUAGCGAGCUCCUGCUUUUCCCUCGUCUCCAAGAGUUGCGGUUCCGGAAGCUCCACAUUCCCCAUCCCGGCUCCCGCCUCCGUCCGCCCUGUCGAUCGAGUGUGCGGUGCUGGGGCUCCGGCCGGGCCUCCAGACCCUGGCCCCCGUUCCGGCAGAACAGAGAUGCCUGGGUGGGCCACGGAGGCCACGCUGACCAGGAUCCCCUACCCUGCCCAGCCCCGGGCUGGCCACCCUCUUGGUCUGACUGACCAACCCAUCGACAUCGCCCAUCCCACGAACACAGCGGAAGCCAGUGCCCAGGCAUCCCCCAGGAGCACCCCCGCAGCCAAGGCUGGACACCUCCCAUGGCGGCCUCCCCCUGGCUUGUCUGGGAGUGACCCGUAUGAAGAGAAACUGCUGGUGGAUUUCAGUAGCAGCGGUGUCCUUCCCGGGUACCCCCUCCCCCAGGAGGACCCUUUCCUGCUUGCAUACACCCUGUGCCCUCCCUGUCCUCACCCCCAAUUCACCCUCCCAGCCAAGGGCAACAGGUGGAAUUUGGAAGAAGAAGCAGCACCAAGAUGCAGGGCCCUAGAUCCCUGCAUUGGGGAAAGCUUCUUCGGUCUCUAUACUUUACGGUGAGCAGAGGCUCCGACCCAGUGUUCGCUCAGGGGAGGCCGGCAGCAUUUCCCAAAGGAAAUCACCCCACCAUCCAAAUCGGAUCAGGAAAAUGUCCAUCCAGACCCUUUCUUCUCGCAGAUCUUCUUCAAGGUCACCUUUCCUCACAACCGUCACUAGGGCGGGACCAAAUCCGGAUGAACAGUCCAAACCCGGAGAAUGAAAUCCUUGUUUUUCUCCUCCACCCAAUCUCCAAUUUAUUGGCUUUAUGAAACAGCAGAACUCACCUUGCUGCAAAUCCCAAGAGGCUUUGAUAGACUAUCAAAGGCCACCAAACACACAGAGUUAUCACAGACACAACCUGGAGACAUCCCAGUUCCAGUGGGGCUGUUAAAACUGACAGAAAAUAGGAAGAAUGAAAAAAAAAAAGCUAUUAAACACAUGAAUAGAAUGACCCUGCCACAUCAGAGCAUGAAAAAUAUUGAGUUUUUGGGACUUUGGGUUCAAGGUUGUGUUCACACUCGAAUAUUUAAAAUAUUUGCUAAAUAAAGAAGCUCAAUUUAAGCUCAGAGCAACAGAGCCUACAGGGUAGAGGCCCUGAGGGACUCUGGGUCAGAUACAGUUGCCAGGGUUAUCAACCCUUCUCUAGUUAACUGCCCUCAUAAUCAAUCACUCAGACAAUCUUAGUUCAGACCACUGUACUAAGCACUUGGGAGAGUAUUAGGACACUUUGUUGGUAGACAGAAUCCCUGCCCACCAGGAGCUUACAGCCUAGAAUCGACUGUCUAUAUCAGCAUCAACAGUUGUGACUGAGCACAUUGUGUCUAGAGCACUGAGUGCAGAGAGCACUGUAUUAAGAAGUUGGGGGUGCUAUUGUUCUAGUGCUAUUGUUCUUGUCUGUCCGUCUCCCCCGAUUAGACUGUAAGCCCA